AUGAUUGUCUCUGUAAAUCCAAAUUCCAAAUAUCUUCUUAUUUUGGAUGCAAGACCAAGUAUAAAUGCAAAAGCUAACAGAGCAAAUGGUGGAGGAUAUGAAAACUAUUCAAAUUGUCAACUUAAAUUUAUGGACAUUCAAAAUAUUCAUGUUGUACGUGAAAGUUUAAAAAAGUUAAAGGAUGCCUGUUUUCCACGAAUUAGACAAAAACGAUUUCAACAAACUUUGGAAGAAACAAAAUGGCUAGCACAUUUACAAACAAUUUUGGAUGCUGCUGCAUUGGCUGCUCGAGAAAUUUAUUUGCACAAAAAUUCUGUUCUUGUUCAUUGCAGCGAUGGUUGGGAUCGAACUGCUCAGAUCACUUCACUUACAAUGCUUCAACUUGAUCCCUAUUAUCGAACAAUUGAAGGAUUUUCAGUGCUUAUUGAAAAGGAAUGGUGCAGUUUUGGACACAAAUUUGCUCAUCGGAUUGGACACGGUCAAGAUAAACCGGAUGAUAAAGAACGUUCACCAAUUUUUGUUCAAUUUAUUGACUGUGUUUGGCAACUUUUUAAUCAAUUUACAUCAGCAUUUGAAUUUAAUGUCCGUUUUUUAAAAACUAUUUUGGAUGAACUUUAUUCUUGCCGUUUUGGAACUUUUUUGUAUAAUUGUGAACGUGAACGUAGUGAAUUGCAAGUUAAGGAAAAUACAAUUUCAGUGUGGUCUUUUAUUUUGGAAAAUCGUGAAUCUUAUGUAAAUGAUAAAUAUGACCCUGAGGCAACACUCGGUGACUUUAUUCGUCAAAAAGCAAAAGUUUACCCUCGAUUUUGGACCGAUUAUUAUUGCCGUUAUAGCCAAUUAGUUCCAAAAGAAGACGAGGAUCGUUAUUCUUUGUUUGAUCAUGAUGGAUCAGCUGAUGCAAUGACAAUUUUGAAUGGAGAAAUUACUCGUUUUAAAGUUAUUGAUUCUGGUUCGAGUGAGAGUGAAGGAUUGAAUGAGCAAAAUGAAAGUAUUGAAAUUCCCAAAUUUCGUCUUUCCCCGGCUAUCUCUCCAACUUUUAGUCAACAAUUUUCUUAUAUGCCACAUGAAAGAGGUGUUCAGUCUAAUAGAUGGAGUCCGGCCAGAAUAUUGCAACAACAUGUUUGUUUUUUAAUUUAUUUUAAUGGAGUAGUAUAG